UUGACUCUGAUGCACACAAUAAAGCCCCUGUUGGAUGAUAUAGAGUACCAGCAGUGCAUGCAUCCUUCAAGCAAUAGCAAAACAAGGGGAAGAAACACCAACCAAUGCGGUUCCUCACCGUUCCUCCCGUCGUGCUGCAUCUGUUCCUGCUACUCUUCUUGGCCUCUCCUGCCACCGCAUGCACCAAGCAGGAGAAGCGCAACCUCCUUCAGUUCCUUGCCGGACUAUCACAAGACGGCGGCCUCGCUGCAUCGUGGCGCGACAACGGCACGGACUGCUGCGAGUGGGAAGGCGUCGUCUGCAAUGGAGACGGGGCCGUUGCUGAGGUCUCCCUGGGAUCUAAAGGACUUGAAGGGCGCAUCUCGCCAUCCCUGGCCGACCUCACCAGUCUGCUGCAUGUCAACCUCUCGUACAACUCCUUCUCAGGUGGCCUUCCUCCGGAGCUCAUGUUCUCUGGAAGCAUCAUCGUCCUCGACGUCAGCUUCAGCCGGCUCAAUGGACCGCUGCCCGAGCUUCCAUAUUUGGUUACCACUGACCGGCCUCUGCAAGUACUCAACAUCUCGAGCAACCAGUUCAGCUCAGAAUUUCCAUCAGCCACAUGGAAGGUGAUGAAGAAUCUGAUCGCGCUCAACGCCAGCAAUAACAGCUUCACUGGGCACAUACCGUCUUCUCUUUGCAUUGGCUUGCCAUCUUUGGCUUUGCUUGACCUCUGCUACAACCAAUUGAGCGGCGACAUUCCAAACACACUGGGUAAUUGCUCCAAGCUCAAAGUGCUCAAGGCUGGCAACAACCACAUAAGUGGGAUUCUACCGGUUGAAAUCUUCCAUGCUACCUCGCUGGAGUACCUCUCCUUCCCCAACAAUGGUGGUUUACAAGGAGAACUUGAUGGAGCACACAUAGUCAAACUCAGUAAUCUGCUUACUCUUGACCUUGGAGGGAACAGUUUCAGUGGAACCAUUCCAGAGUCCAUAGGUCAGCUCAGGAGGCUCGAGGAGCUCCAUUUGGGUAGCAAUAACAUGUCUGGGGAGCUGCCAUCGACUAUGAGCAACUGCACAAAUCUCAAAACCAUUGAUCUGAAGAUCAACAACUUCAGUGGAAAUCUAGGCAAGGUAAACUUCGCCACCCUACCGAAUCUAAAAACUUUAGAUCUCAUGAAGAAUAAUCUCAGUGGCAUAAUUCCAGAAAGCAUUUACUCAUGCAGCAAUUUGACUGCACUGCGGCUGUCAAUCAACCAUUUCCACGAGUUGUAGGAGCAUCAGCGUCCUGCUUAUUGGCAAAAACUUCAUGAAUGAGGCCAUGCCACCAGAUGAAACCAUUGACGGUUUCCAGAAUCUUCAAUAUCUCGCAGUGCACCAUUGUUCGUUGACUGGAAGGAUACCUAUUUGGUUAUCAAAACUCACAAAUCUGAAGAUCCUAGACUUAUUCAACAAUCGACUCACCGGACCAAUUCCAAGCUGGAUCAACUCCCUAAACCACCUCUUUCAU